UCUAACAUCAUGAAGCUCUGUGUGAUUCUCGUCAUUCUGACAAUUCUGCCAGCGAACACUGUGUUUGUAUACAAGUUCACCAUACUGUCUGGCUGCAGUGACUCUAUGGAUGAAGCUAUAUUGUUAUACAGUCUGGAUCAGGAUGAAAUAGUCUUGAUAGAUUACAAGACCAAGAAGCAAAUCAGCCGACUUCCUCCGUUUGCAGACCCGAUUGAUUUUGAGGACUUGUAUGACUUUGCCGUUGCUAAAAGAACUGAAUGCAUUCAGAACAUCAAAAAUGUGACAGCGGCGAUCGGCAGGCCAUCUGAGCCCAGAGAUCCUCCAGAGAUCAGCGUCUACCCAAGACACGACGUGGUUCCUGGAGAAAAAAAUAUCUUCAUCUGCUUCGUAAAGAACUUCUAUCCUCCACACAUCAGAGUGAACUGGACGAGGAACGGUGUGUCGGUGACAGAGGGAGUUUACAUCAGCCAGUUUUCAAUAAACAGCGACGGAACCUUCAAUUUAUUCUCCACACUGACGAGUUCUCCGAAUGAAGGAGAUGAAUACAGCUGCACGGUGGAGCAUCAAGCUCUGGACUCGCCUCAGACUAGAACAUGGGAUGAAUCAGUGGUAACUCCACCUGAAACUCCGAGUGUAACUCCGACGGUGGUGUUUGCAGUGGGAAUUGCUGUAGGAAUAUUGGGAUUAGCCACCGGAAUGUUCUUUGUCAUUCAGCAUCAUGUUUCUGUUAAGUCACCACCCUGAAGUUGAUUAUUUUCCUAUAACAGCACACUCCAAGUGUUUUUCCUCUUACAGCUAGCGGAAAUCUUAAAGUGCUGGCACUGGAGACUCCUUCCAUAAAUGUUAAACAUCUCCUUACAGAAAUCUUCACUGAUUCCACACGCUGUUUUUAUGUGUUUGUGAUCCGUGGAGCGUGCGCUGUACACGUCCCUGUGAAUGAGCUGUUGCUAUAGAAACGAUAACGUAUUAGAACAAGCGCAUUAAUAUAAACCUGCACUACUGUCAGAGCUGCUGUUAUAGAAAACUAAUCAACACCUUCUGACCAAUCAGAGUGCAGAAUUAUAUUUAUAUCUCUGAACUCAGCUGAGAUUAACUGAGAUUGUGUUCAGUUCUCCUUUACACUCUGUGUCUUCUUGUCUCUCAUUAGCAUCUUAUUUACAUUAUUACUUUUCUGGCAAAUAACAUUUUUUUUUUUUUUUGCAUAACACUAUUUAAUGUUAUUGUUAAAUACUGCAUCUUGUCUAAAGUUAGAUGUUUUUAUUGUACGUUAUAUCAUGCACUGCUCUGUGAGUACAUUUGUAAAUGAAUAAAUAAGAAAUUCAGAGAUCAGAUUUUACACUGUACAAAUGAUAUAAAUAAAAAUUUUGAU